AUGGAGCGUGCAAUCGAAACGGUGGUGAUGUUUAAGGACUUUCACGACCAGCAAUCCUGUUUGGGCGACGAAACUUUGCGCUCACUUCAGCGCUCAAAUAUCAGCGUUAUAUUGUUGAAUGCCACAUCCAGCUGCCAGCUACAAGGUGCCGAUGUCAACAGCGAAUUGCUGGUAGCGCGUUGCGUCGCUGAGCCUCUCCAGCCACAUCUGUUGGAUCUGAUGAUCAGAUGCCUCGGAGUGGUGCGCGAUGUACGGAUCCUCUUCAUAUGGAACGUCAAUUACGUAAACGCGUCGACAGGAAGGCGCAACGAGCUGCAGCAGCAAUUGCGGAAACUUUUCGUGUACUGCGCCAACACGAAGUUGCUAAAUGUCAUAAGCGUGUACAGUGAUUUCGAUUCUGAGGGCCACUACUACACCUAUAGCUACUUCCCGAGUUUCCAUUUGGAACGAAAGCAGCUGCAGAACGCUUUCUUUCCCAAUCGUUUGAAGGACAUGCAGGGCGCCGCCUUGCGCACGCUUCCUGACCAAAAUGAGCCACGGUCAAUUGUGUGGCGCGAUCGUUGGGGUCGUCUGCAAGUAGGCGGCUAUAUGGUUAAAGUGAUUGAGACCUUUGCUGCCCACCACAAUGCAGUGAUUAGCUACCCGAAAUCGAUCGUGCCGGACGUCACCUAUGAGUACGAUGUGAUAUUCAGUAUGCUGCAGAACGAAACGAUCGACUUUUUGAUGGGCUUGACCGGAAUCGGUUGGAAAUUGAAUGCGUCCCAGGUAUCAGCGCCGGUGAUUUCUAUGUUUUGGGCCACAAUGUUACCGCGUCCCCCGAAACGACCGAUAAGGGACAUCUAUGUGCUCAUAUUUACAUCAAUUAUCGGCAUUAUUCUGUUGCUUUUGUUGCUGAUCUUCUCUUGUCUGCUCACUUGCGAGAGCACGCGUUGGCGUCGCAAUCGUCGAACAUGCAGCAACACGUGUCAACUCUUUCUUUCCACGCUUACGAUUGUCUCUUUGCGCAGCAUGCUGGGUCAGCCCACACACGUACACAUCACCGCCGCAUUCACGAAGCGCUUCAUCUGUAUUCUACUAUUUGUGGCCGGUAUUUAUGUGAGCACCAUCAGUACCAGCUACUUGCAAACAUAUCUCACUAGCAGUCCCAAACUUCAGCGAGUCAACACAUUUGACGAGUUGCUUUGUGUGCCGACACGCGUUAAAAUUUCCUUAGCCGAAUACAAUGCACUCGUAGAUUUCGUUGGUCCUCGAUUUUUGGAGAAGUAUACGAGUGUAUUCCUGAUUACACAAUCCAUAAAUGAUUACUAUUAUGAGCGCAAAACUCUGAACACCCAUUUUGGCUAUACCGUUCCGCAAUCGUUGUGGAAGACGUUUGUGGAGUAUCAAAGAAGAUUGGGUGUAAACUUGUUCUACAUUAGCGAUAAGAUGGUCUUGGCUAAAAACAUACAAAUGGGCAUACCCAUGAGCCCACAUUCCAUAUACCGGGGCAAGCUGAAUGUGCUGAUCCAAAAUUUAAUAAGCGCCGGACUCGUGGACUAUUGGGAAAAGCUGGCUUAUGGCGAUAUGGUGGCAGCAGGAAAGCUCAAUAAAACGAUUUCGACGCCUUACAACUUGGACCACAGCCUAACCUUGAGGGAUCUCUAUUGGAUAUGGUGGUUGUAUGGGUUGUACGGGAUUUCAAUAUCCAUAGUAACAGCCCUAGCCACAGCCGACGGGCCUGAUGUCAAACAGCGUGCCAAGGCGACAACAGCCAAGACCAUUGCCACUCCAAAGGUCGUAGAGGCCGCAAAUGCGAAAGCCGCAGCAAAAACAUUAGCGAAGCCUGCCACCAUAGGACGUGAAUCAAAAGCUCUUAAGACAUCUACCAGUACCACGAACGCCAGCGAUAAGCGCGGAAAGCGCACACUUUAUGACUUCGAGAACGCCGGCUACCUCUAUCCGGAAAUCGCAAGUCGACGCGCUGGUUACGAGAACGAUGGACAGGCCUAUUAUCCGCAAAACGGCUAUUACAACGGACAAGAUGCGAUUGCACAAUUCCCUAACAACUAUAUUGGACCUCAGUACUAUCCACAAUAUUUGGAAGCGCCCGAGCCGAUUAUCGAGAUCAUCAUAAAGGAUUCAAAUGAAACGCUGCCUGAGCCCGAACCGCAACCCAUUGUCUCCAAGAAAAAGAAGGAGAAGGUUCACGUUUUCUAUGUGAACUACAAGAAAGACCAAAACAACAAAUUGCAUUUGGAAAGUCCCAUCGCCUCACUCAACAACGAUGACAACGAGGAAGAAGAGGAGGAAGAGGAAGUUGUUCAUUAUCCAGUACCUGCGACACCAGCUCCGCCAGUCAAGACCACAACGCUGCGCACUAUCAUCCACCCCGAUUCGGAGAAAUAUCACAGCAAUAGUGGCAUUCAUGUGACCUUUGGGUCCGAGGACAAGUCUCAGGCGGGACACCAGCUUGAGGAACAUGACGCCGAAAGCGUACAGAGCCAAGUGGUUGCCAUACCUGUCGGAAGCGGCGCACAGACAGGCAGUUUCAAGACAGACGCUUACAAUACACGAUCCGACUUCGGCCCUAGCGCACACAGUCAGUCGCAAGCUGGUGCUAAUCAACUAUUUACAGGACACUUCCAACAAGCACAUCUACAACAACAACAACAACAACAACAAGGACAGCAUCAGUACCAGCAUCAGAAGCAACAAUUGCCACUGCAACAAAGCGGCAAUUACUUCCGUCCACCAGCCGCCCUUGUCCAACAGCCAUCUGCGACUUUCUAUCAAAAGCAGCAACAAUCACAAUACCAACACCACCAGCAACAAUCCCAACAGUCACAACAACAACAGCGCCCUCAAUUCAGCUCAUCGCUUAAAAAUGUGGCAAAUCCACCACCACCACCGUCACCAUCUCAGCAAUCCUUGCCGACUUUGCAACAGUUACCGCAACUGCAGGCACAAUUCCGUAAAACUUUUGGGGCUUCCAGUUCCGCACAAGGCCACUUUUACUCUAAUUACAAUCAACAAUAUCAGCAACAGCCCAGUAAUCAGCAACAAUCCUUCUUCAGCAGUCUAAUUCAGAAACCCACGCCGGCUCCUGCGAAGCAAUCGGUUGUUUUCCCCACCGCACCACCUAAAACCCAAGAGCUGCCUUUCCGCCAAUCGGGCUUACCUUACCAACCAGUUAAGUUCCGUCCGACACUUCCGGCGCAACCCCACAUUAAGCAAGUUCCCAUACCGGCCAAAUUGGAGAACACGAAUUAUCAAACGCAAACGCAAACGCAACAACAUUACCACCAACCACAGCAGCCUGCCAACGUGGUGAAACACCAACAGAGCUAUCACUCCCAACAGCCCUUCCAGUUCAAUCGCCAGCCGCAGUACGUGCAACAGCCGACCUUCGCAUUACCCUCCCCGCAGACCACACAAUCUAGUAGCAACAAUGGCAAUUACUUUAAACAGACGUCUCAACAAUCACACUCUCACUCUCAGUUGCUGACUCAAAAAUUGGCCUCCAGCCGUUUUCAACCACAGCAACAACAACAAGCACAACAGUCCCACCAGCAGCCUCUGCAACAGGUUCAGCAACCACAUCAAGCGCAGAACCAGCAAAACACUCAUCAACAGCCCUAUCAACAGAGCCAACAACAGACACAGCAGUCUUAUCAAACAUUGCAGAAGAAUCAACAACAAAGCCAGAACCAAGCUUACCAUAGUCAACAGAGCAGCUUACCAAGCCCCAGCAGUCCCACUACUGCCUCAUUGCAAUCGCCGUCGGACCCAAUUAGAUCAAUUCAUAACUAUUUCGGAGUACAAGCUUCCAAGGAAACUGAGCUUCUUAAGUCGAUACCGAAAUAUGAGCAGCACAUAACUGAGACUAUCGAGACUCCAAUUGGCAGUGGCGGCAGCAGCAAUGGACAAUACAAUGGCUUUGGCAGUUUUGGCUACCAAACACAAAAUCAGGUAUUGCACGACAUACCAGCGCCCCAUUUGGGACCCACGCCGGCGCCAAACACAGCGCAACAAUCGUACCAACAACAGCAGCAAUCCAGCUCAAACUUUGCUAGUGGUAAUUCGGUGAAUACCCAUUACCUCACAGCGGCGGCUUUGCAAUCGGUAAAAAAUCAACAACAACAGCAGCAGCAACAGCAACAAUUCAGUAAUUUUGUAACCGCACAGAAUGGCAAACAUUCCGCCUAUUCGACGACUACGCCAGCUCCUCCGCACUACGCACAAACUACAGAUGGCGAGAAGGUCAUGAUUAUAACGCCUUUACCACCAACGGCAUACAAUCAAUAUCACUCCACUCAGUACCAGCAGGAAGCAACUUCCACACAAGUGCUCGCCAGUUCACCCUCAUUGCAAGCACAGCCAGCCACUAACUUCGCUCAGCAACCAAGGCAAUCUGGUGCUGGUAGUUUGAUAUCCUCAACCGUUUCCAACGCUGCUGCAGGCGGUUCAUCCCAAUUCGGUGUUUCGACCUUCCACUCUGAUGUCUUCAAAGAAUUAGAACAGCGUCGCAAUCAAGAAAAGUCCGCAGUGAGCCAAUUUAGUUUUGGCUCACAGUCGGCAUCAAGCAAUGACAAGCCCUACCUACCCGCCAUAGCAACCAGUGCCAGUAACUCCAAUUACGGUUCAGUCUCCACCGCAAGCAGCAGCACUCCCACUCCACCGAUCACACAGAAUACUGAAGGUACCAAGAAAGAAGCUAAAGCCUCGCAAACACUACUUCAAUUGCCCGACGAAGUUCCCGACGACUUACGCCAACAGCUGCUCUCAUCCGGUAUUCUGAACAACGCAGACAUUUCCGUCUUGGACUACGAUAAGGUUGGAGACGUCGCUUUGGAGAAUCUACCCGCCGAGCAUCUGCAGCACUUCUAUGGAGCUGGUGGAGCAGCACAGAUCUCCGCUUCGAAAAAAGUAGUCACGGUGGUCAAGCCGAAUGGCGAUAAGGUUUCGCUUAGCGAAAAAGAUAUUGAACGCGUCAAGCAGUCGAAUGCAUUGCCUCACAAACAAGGUGUAGAUGUGAAAGUCGUGCAUUUCGAUGCAGAAAACGAGAAGAGUGUUUCGGAGAAGUACAUUAAGACCGAUGCGACUGUUGUGCCACCUGUUGACUUGGCGGAACGUCAAUACAAUCGCUAUUUACCGCUUAAAAUUAACGGUGCCCAGUUCCCUCUACCUGAUAGUGAGGAGUUGCGCGACAAGAAGAUCGUGAGUGUUGUGGUUCUGGCUCCAGUCGAAGCGCAACCACCAGCUAAUGAUAGCACUGAGCGCCGUAGUGAACGUGAUGCCGCAGCUGAUGAUAAGGAAGUGAAAUUCAUUGGUGGUGACCUUAUCAAGACUUUGGUUAAGAAGCCUACAAAAGAGAAUUUCAAGCGUUGGCUGGAGAAAGAAGCAAGAACGGACGUGGAACAGCAAUCCGUGGUCCUACUAGUGGCGAAAUCCAACGAUGAAGCAGAGCAGGAGAUCUUCAUGUACGACAUAUCAACGGGGGCAGUGAAUAAAUUGAACGGUGAACUCUCGAGUGCUUUCGUGAAUGUGGCUGAGGAGAAUGCCAGUUCAGAAGACUUGGAGCACGCCUCAACCUUGGACCCCAGCGUGCUGGAGACCAUGAUGCAAAAGAGUCGAAGAUGA